AUGACGAUAAACUAUAUCUCAAUUUUUUCAUAUCUAUCUAUCUAUCUCAGUUUCUUCAUAUGUAUCUCAGUUUCUUCAUAUCUAUCUAUAUCAGUUUCUUCAUACCUAUCUAUCUCAAUUUGUUCAUAUCUAUCUAAGUCUGUCCAUAUCUAUCUAUCUAUCUAUCUAUCUGUCUAUCUCGUUUUUUUUCAUUAUCUCUCUAUCUAUCUCAGUUUGUUCAUAUUUAUCUAUCUAUCUAACUAUCUCAGUUUGUUCAUAUCUAUCUAUCUAUCUAUCUAUCUAUUUCAGCUUGUUCAUAUGUAUCUAUCUAUCUCAGUUUGCUCAUUUCUAUCUAUCUAUCUGUCUCAGUUUGUUCAUUAUCUAUCUAUGUCUGUUCUUAUCUAUCUAUCUAUCUAUGAGACUAUUCGUUUCUCUCUCUCUCUCUCUCUCUCUCUCUCUCUCUCUCUCUAUCUAUCUAUCUAUCUAUCUAUCUAUCUACGUCUGUGUUUUUCUCUUUCUCUCUCUUUCUCUGUCUGUCUGUCUGUCUGUCUGUCUGUCUGUCUGUCUCUCUCUCUCUCUCUCUCUCUCUAUUUUCCUCCUUUUCUUCCCGGAUAUUUGUAG